ACCGUACACCAGUCUCCAUGCCAAUAUCCUGCCACAAAUGGAAGCGUACAUAUGCCUAUGAAGAUGGAGCCGCCCUCCCCAAUAUCCCAUAAUAAUCCACAUUUAUAUUUACAUUUAUUUUUUUAAGUUAUUAAUAAUGUUCAACGCGUUAUCGUUAUCGCGGUGUGUUUGUAACUACACGCUUAUGUUCUCAUUACUUCAUAUCAUGCAAUUGCAAUCAUGUCAACAAAACAGCAAUGGUUAACAGACGCACAAGUUGUAGCAUUCGAAGAAUUUCUAAAUAGUGUCGGUAUUCAAAAUUACGAAUUGAAGUGUUCACCAGCGAUAGAAGAUGGUGAAAAUUUCGGAGGUGUUAUAUUGAACGUGGAUUUAUUAGGCGUGAAAAACUCAGAUGUGCCGAUAAACCAUUUCAUUAUCAAAUGCUCACCUCGGAGUGCUUUGGCACAUUCAGCUGUGCCAUUCGUCAACGUUUAUAAUCUCGAAAUAUACCUAUACUCAACAAUAUUUCCAGAAUUUCUACAGAUUCAAAAAGAAAAAGAUGUUGGGGAGGUAUUUCAACCAAGUCCAAAAUUCUACACAUCACUGAUAAAGCAUCGAGAGGAAAUGUUAGUGCUUGAAGACGUAAAAUUGAGAUGGUAUGUCCAUCACCAUCGCUACCUUCCUUUGAACUACGAUCACGUAUUGAUCAUGGUCAAACAAUAUGCGAAAAUACACGCGUUAUCUUACGCAAUUCGUGAUCAAAAGGCUCAGGUAUUUCAAGAGUUUCAAAAAAAUAUGUGUAAGCAUUUCUACGAAGAUUUAAAUUAUGGUAGCUUCGAUGAGUACAUUACACAUCGUUUUACAUACGCAUUGCAAGCACUAAAUCGUGAUCAUGAUGGGGUACUUUAUGACAAAUUUUUAAAUUUUUAUGAGAAUUGGAAUUCGAUAUUAAAGGGUUUGAUGUCAAAAUCUCGAUAUCCUGUUAUUUGUCACGUUGAUUGUGGUAUUUCUAAUGCCCUUUUCAAGUAUCAGCACUCUACUAAGAUUCCAGUGGACGCUAUCAUACUGGAUUGGCAACAUUCUCGCAUGGACUCCCCAGCAGUAGAUCUAGUUACAUUCAUCCUAUCAUCUGCGGAUACUUCCGCACUAGAACAGUUUGAUGGAUUGGUUGUUGAGUACUAUAACUCACUAAGUUCAUUUCUGAGGGAGCUAGGAAGUGAUCCCAACGAAGUAUUGCCGUUUGAAGUAUUAAAAUCGGAGCUUAAAACGUACGGAAUAGUCGGUCUAUUCAUGACUGUCUUACUACUGCACGUUUACGCGGCCGGUGACCAAAAACUGCCAAGCUUGGUUACCGAUGAGUCUUAUUCAGAUGGAUUUGCACUCACAUACAACUUAGAUGAUAGAACGCAAUAUGACUGUCGAAUGAGGGCAGCCAUUUUUCAAUUUCACAAAUUGGGAUACAAUUUUGUCUAGGUCUGCGAUGUACGAUAGGAAAAAUCAAGCAAAUGAGCGGACUGUGUCCUCCCAACCUGGCACUACCGUCUACUCUAGAAACCUUGGAGAGGACGCAUUGUUUUGUUUAUACUUAAGGGCGUGAUGAGUACAUCCGGUAACAUAAGGUAUUUUAUUUUUGCCCAUUAUUCGGUUUAUUUAAAAAUUGCUUAUGUAGAAUAAAUUGCUUAUCAUAUUAGUUUAUAAGAUAAAUUUAAUUAUCUGGCCAGUAAGUAGGUACAUUUUUGAGUUAUGCUAGGAAAUAGGCUUUUGUCUUUUUAGGACCACUGCAAUUUGUUUAAUUUCAUUUGUUUAAUAAUGAUAAAUGUGUUUGAGAUAUUUUCUUGUGACUUUCAUGACGUUUAUAACUCCUUACAAAGGAGGUAAAGAGGUUUAUUUCAGAAGCACGCUAAUAUUGAAGUUAGCUGGGUUAGCAUUUUUAUAAAUUUUGAUUAUGAAGUCCUAAUCCUUAAUGAGAUAUUCUGUGAAGAAAAAAUGUAUUGAAUUCGGUAACAGUCUAGAUAAGGGAUGAAUGCGAAUUUUGAAAAAUUUCAGAAAUGUUUGGAAAUGGCUUAUUUUUCGAAAGGUUUUUUUACGCAAAUUUGCCGUAUUUUUACAAUUACCAAAAAACUGUUUGUAGUAUUCCUUAAUUUACAAUAAA